UUGACAGACUCUGAACGGCGCUUCAGUCAGGAAGGAGAGGAUGUAGAGCCCCCAUUCUUUGAAAACCACCAUGGAUUCUCAAACCGCGGCAGAAACUUCCGAGGCAGAGGGAGAGGCCACCGAGGCAUGGGUAUAGCAGGCAAUAUAGGAGAUGGUCGCCGAAAGUUGUAUGAAGAGGAUGAAGAUAGUCCAGGAUCACCAGGAAGAGGAGAAGCUGCAAGACAGAAUUAUCAGGUAAUAGUGAAACAAGCAGAAGAGCAAAUGCGUCGAGGUGAGAUCAAUCUCAGUCAAUACAACCAGUUGCUAACCACUGUUGUCACUUUGGUGGAGCAAGACAAAAUUCGUGAAGCACAGUACAGAGACAGGCGACAUCACAGAACACCUUCACAUUUCCCAGAUGAUGGAGAUUGGACAGGACCAAGUGAGGGUCCAUUGUCAGGUCCUACAUCUGCACCUCCCACCUCAGGUUCAGGGCCACGUCAAGGGCCAGGGCCAGGGCCAGUACUAGGCUCAGGCUCAGGCUCAGGUCCAGGUUCAGGACCAAGUUCAGGACCAAGUUCAGGACCAGGUUCAGGGCCAGGGCCAGGGCCUGGACCAGGCCCAGGUUUGGGGCCAGGUCCAGGUCCAGGUCCAGGUCCAAGUCCAAGUCCAGGACAUGGAAGGGGAAUGCGGGAAAAUCAUAUGAGAGGUGGUCGAGGAGGUUACAUGGGUCCCAAUGGACCUCCAUCAAGAGGUGGCCUUGGGGGUAUGGGACGAGGCCUUCCAAGUGGACGGGGUGGACCUCCUGGAGGGCCAGAUGGGGAAGAUGGAUGGGGCAGAGGAGGCAUGCGAGGACGAGGAAGAAGAGGGAGAGGAGGAUUCAUUCAGGAUGACCGUAAUUGGGGUUACAGGGAAGGAAACCUUGAAGAUGAAUGGACAGGCGAAGCAGAUCUUCCAUUUGUCACAGAAGAGCGGCUAAAGGCUGUAGCUAGGGAUUCAGAGACAAGAACAAUUGAUAUCGACAAGGUCCCAAGGGAAAUUAGAACAUAUGGUAACACAGCUGUCAUCCUCUUGGACAGGGAUGAUCCCCGGAUUCUCACAUUUGGGGAAGGUCACUGUAACAUCGUAUUUGAUGAGGGCCAGUUUGUACUACCCAUGAGAAUAGGGGAAGACUAUAAAGAGUUUACAAUUGCUGGAGAGACACACCGUGUCAAACUAGGUGUCCCAACAAAAGAACUAAUGUUAGAUAAUAGAGGAUAUCAGUGUUUCUUUGGUGGAAAACCAAUAACUGUACAUCUUGCAGGGCAGCCAAGAACAGUGAGAUUAGAUGGGAAACCUCCCAAUGUCAAUAUAGGACCUGUUAAGAAUACAGAUUUUGUUGUUGGGAAGAUUCAACUAGUAAUCCAUGCUAGGAAAGUUGUUCCCCUUUACUUGGACGCUAAGCCACAGCGCUUUAAUAUAGACGGCAGGCCAUUCAUCAUUAAAUUUGUGGAUUCUCUAAGAGCAGUCACAAUUAAUGAUGUCAGGUUCCCAGUCGAGUUUGGAGGUUUGCCAAUCAGCAUCAGUGUACGUGGCUAUAGACGCUUUCUACGGUUCACUGCUCUACCUGCUGGAAUUAUACCAGGACAAGUAAAUAUACAUGGAAUGGAAAGUGAAGGACAGAAAUUGUCAGGUGUUUCUGGCAGCCCAGCUCAAGAUCAGUUUUCAGGGGAAGAGAGAAACAUGCCAGUCAUGAAAGGUCCCAACAGAAGGUCACCCCCUGUUGGGAUUCCCAGGAAACCUCCUCCAAAUUAUCCAGAAAAAACAAAGGUGGCCCCACAUUCAACUCUUGGACCUGACGGAAUUUUCCUGCCUCAGGGACCACCUCCAACACAGAGACCAAUACAGGGAGCCCCCCCACAAGGCCCUCCACCACAAGGUCCCCCUCCUGUGCAACCUCCACAGCUUGGUCCCACUUCUGGAGUGUUACCAUUAUCUAAUGUAAACAACCAACCAACCCCACAAGCCAUUGCCUCACUUACUGAUAUUCUCAGUCAUCCGCCACCACAGGUUGGUAUUCCUCCAAAUGCAGUUCCAGGUUCAUACAUGACAACACAGCUUCCUCCAGCCCCUAAUAAGGCCUCUCAACCAGUUCCUAAAACGGCACUUGAUCUAAAUUCUCUGCUGGAAAACCUCACUCGCACUGGCCUAAUAUCAACAAAAGUACAAGACAAAUCCAAAGCAAAGAAAGAAGAAGAACAGAAGAGAGAAGAGGAGGAAGAGGAGAAAGAAAAGGAAGAGUAUGAACGAAUUCCAGUUGAAUUCAUGUUCAACUCAGAAAAUCUUCGAAAGAGGCGAAAGUGGCUUAUUGAAGUGAUCUAUCGGGGAAUGCAGUGUUCAUCUUGUGGCCUUCGUUACCCACCAGAGCAAACACUACAGUAUUCCCAUCACUUGGACUGGCAUUUCCGUCAAAACAGACGCCAGCAAGAGUCCACGAAAAAGGCAAACACCAGAAAGUUUUACUUCUCUAUUCAGGACUGGCUGCAGUAUGAGGAAAUUGAAGAUGUCGAGGAAAGAGUACCAAGUAUGUUUGAAAACGAAGGAGUGGUUGAAACCAUGGAAUCUGAGGAAGCAGAGGAGCCAAGUGUGGCUGUGUCAUCUGAUUCAGCCCUUGGUGUUUGUCCUACCUGCCAUGACACUUUCUCUCAGUUCUUCCACCAGGAAACUGAAGAGUGGAGAUACCACAAUGCUAUUCAAGUAGAUGGCAUUAAUUAUCAUCCUGCUUGUCACCAAGAUACCAUCAGGGCUGAGGCAGCAGAGCGUGAAGCAGAAGAAAGAUUGAAGGAAAUGGAAAGGACAGAGGAAGAAGAUAAGAUGGAGGAAGAAGCAGGCGACAAGGAAGCAAGUUCUGAUGAUGCAGAAAAGUCGGAAAAGACCAACAAUGAUGUUUCAAAGGAUUCUGAGCCACCAACAGCAGACAAGUUGCCAGGGAUGUCAUUACUGUCAGAUCUGCCCAUCAGGAUCAAAGAAGAGCCGCUGGAUGUUGAGGAGUAUGAUGUUGAAAGUGAUAAUCAGCUGUCUUUCCCGGUGGCCUUGAAUAUCAAACAAGAGGUGAAGAGAGAACCUGAAGAUGAAGAUGAGGAAGAUCUGAUUGAUAAGGAACCCGAGGAAGACGACGAAUCCAGCUUGUUGCGCAAUGAGAGCACUGAUGAGCCUAUGUGGGAUACGCCUACAGUAUCUGUCAAUGCUGCAGAGACGGAUAUUGCCAGUUCCAUUGAUGGGAAUACAGAGCUUUCAACUCCACAAGCCAAUCCAGCUGGUGGCCUCGUGACAAAAAUCAAGUUCAAUGUGUCAAAGCCAACCCUUAAUAUCAACAAUAACAUAAAUAAUGAAAAUAAAAAGGAUGAUGCAAAUGAAACUCUCAACUCAAGCACCAAUGAUGAAGCAGAUGAAUUUGUGCCUCCUCCAUUCACUGUUGACUAUGAUCUCAAGCCAGCUUUUAGGCAUGUUGAGCUAGAAGAGCAGCCAAUGGAAGCUCGAGGUAUUGAGAUAUCAGGAUUAUGCUCAAUUAUGUAAAGCCUACAUAUGAUUGGUGCUGCUCUUUCCAGCAGAUAAAUUACCAAGUAAACUGUUGACCGUGGCAGAUAGUGGGCAUUAAGAUUCUCAUAUUACAAGAUUGUAAUAUACAAUCUCACUUUAUUGAUCACUUGAAGUUAUUCUUUGGGGAUAGCAGUUUUACAUCUUUGUUUUCUUGGAUUUUAAAAUACCAUUAAUACACCAUACUAUUUCAUAAAUUUUCAAGUUCAGUUGUCCUCUGUAAAUUAUUGUUACCAUUAGUAACAUUUUCAGUAUUUAUUUCAAUUUUUUUACUUUUCACUCAUUUGACAUUAUUCAUUAUUAUAUUUAUAAAAAAUUAAUAAGAGACAAAUGCAUCUCUAGAAUCCUGUGAGUAGGGUUGUACAUUGUCUCCCAUCCAGCAUUAACUGAUAUCCAGAGUGAGCUUAAAGUUGUGUCAAAGUUAGUAAUCACAACACUGUGAAAUAUAUAUUGGGUAUCUGCACAGUAGCACUUAAUGCCAUUGUUAACAGAAAUAUAUUUUUUAAACUUUGUGAAAUACUGUAUUCAAAUGGUCACAGAAACUAUUGAAAGUAAUGUGGUGGUAUAUUUUCCUUUUGCUUUUUUUCUGUUGUUGACUCUGUAUCAGGGCUUUUGAACUGGAAUAUUCAUUAGAACCUGACCAAGAUUGUAAGUGCAACUACUUGUAAAGCCUGAUAAUUAUGCAUAUUUCUGAUGCAAAAUGUUUAUGAAUGCAGACUUUGACUGGGAAAACAUGUUUACAUUUGAUAAAGUACAAUGUUUUCAUGUAAGAAAAAAGACACAAAAAUUAUUUGCUUAAAGUAUGUCUAAAAAAAAAUAUUGUAACUGUUAAUCAGUGUUUAGAUAAUGUUAUUUAUACAAAAAGAUUUUUGAAGUCCAUAGUUUCAUUUGCAAAAGUUGGGCUUGAAGUAUAGUUUGUCCAAACUAUUGUGGUCUAGUCUGGUUUUAGUCUGAGAAAGCCAUGUUGAUCACAUGUUCUGAAUAUCUAAGUUUGAUUGUUAUUUAUACUGUGAUGACUUUUAGGACGAGAACUGAUAACAAAUUGUCAAAAUGGGAAAUGAGUGAGCAAGUGGUUACAGAUAUGCCUUUUGAAUCAGCAGAAUGAUGACAAGAUAGGAAGGCUCAACUCGUGUGAAUAUACUUUUAGCAUUUUUAUGAUGAUUUUGUACAUUUGUAAAUUAAUUGUAAAAUAAAUGAUAUUUUUCCUAAGUUUGUCCUUUUCUUCAUUAUACCUUAGAUAACUUGUUGAGAGUGUGUCCUCUCUGUAUGAAGAUAGUUAAUACUUACAUUAUUUUUAUUUUACAAUGUUGAUGAUGCCAGAUUAAAAUGCAAUGAAAAUACAUUUGUUUUAUUAUGUUACCUCAUAAUCUGAAAAUAGUUAAUGUAAUGGAUAUUGUAAUCGUAAUGGAUUUGGUUGUGGUUAAAAAAUGCUUGUUCUGUAGAACUAAAACGUAUAUAUAUAAAUAUAUAUAUAUAUUUCAAAAUAAAGGCAAUUAAAAGGA